UCAGUCGUGCCGAGGUAGUUCUUCCAUUCGAAAGUAUCUGUUGGAUGCACUUCGCGCUGUGCUCACGAUCACGAUCACUGAUCACUGAAGUAGAAACUCCUUCCUGGCUGUGGCAGUGGCUGGCAGUUUCAUUUAAGCAUAGUGAAAUGAAUAUGAAACAUUAGAUCGGAAUGGGAUUAAAAGUGUUGGCAAUGCCAGUGGUGUUAUUUGAAUUUUGCUGACGCAUAUUCAGUGAAAGUAAAGUAAAGUAAAGUGAAGCAUUUUUUGUUUUUGUAGCUUUAUUCAACUUCAACGAAAAUCGUGAAUAAUUCAAAUUCAAAAGUAUCUCUUCUUCUGAGUAAUUUUGUUUUAUUGUUUUUUAUUCUUUUUGUGAUAAGAUCGAACACAAAAAGGGUGUAAAUUUGUGUCAGCAGCUUUACGUGUGUUGGUUGGAUUUACCUAUGUAUUAAAAAGCAGCAUUCGGCGGCGGUUUUCCCUUUGUGUGUGAUUUUUGAAUGUGAAAUUUUGUAUCUCAACUUCUGCCUCUGUCUCUUCUUUGCCUCUGCAUCUGAGUCGAUCGAUACUGCUGUGUUGUGCUUGUGACUUGAGAGAUCGUUUACGGCUUAGCACCUGAGUGUAGUUCUCUAUUGACGAUCGUUUCGACUUUCGUUAGUCUCAGCGCCCAGAGCCUCAGGUAAACGCAGAACUCACUCUCGCACACUUAAAGAUACUUUUCACCUUUCUGCGAUAAAAUUAACGCACACCAUCGCAAUUGUAAUCGUAUCGCGGUCGGUUGUGUGUCGCAAACCUAGUUUUUUCUUAAAGUGAUCGAUAAGUUGAAAGACAAAAUAAAAAACAAAGCACCUAUAUUUUUCCUUAAAGAAUCGAGAUACAAGAUACACAACAAGAGUUGAAACUUUGUGACGUCCCUACAGGUGUUCAUAUUUUGCAACUCACAGUGCCGUGUCCAAAGUACAUAAUAUACCUAUAUCUUAUUAUAUAAGGUAUAUAAUAUAAGUCGGUCAUAUUAUAUUCACCGCAGCCGCCGUAUACCAUACAUUUGCAAAAGAGCGUUUGUUUUUUUGUUUCUUUUGGUCCUCUUGUUCGUGAAUUUACAUAAAAGAAGAUACAAAACAAAAAAAUAUUAAUCCAAAGGAUACACAUCUGAUACGAAUAUUAACAGCGACGAAAACACCAAGAUCCAAGAACCAUUGACUGAAGCUGAAGGAAACAGAACCAAGAAACAAGAUGCUUAAGGCCAAAACAACAUCGGACAAGGGCGAUACUCUUCUUGGGAAGAGUCUGGUCCCAAUCAUUGACCUCGCACACUGUGGCACAGAAGAAUGCCCGGUGAAAUCAGUUGUUAAUCGCGUUGCUCAGCAGCUUGGGAAAGCACUCUCCGAAAAAGGAAUGGCUCUCUUAGUUAACCAUGGCAUUUCCGAUGAAAAACUUAAAACAGCUUGGGACCAUUUAGACGAUUUUUGUGAACUAUCAACAGAAGUCAAAGAACACUAUAUCCGUUCUGGAGAAACAAAACAUGGAUAUGUUCAGCCAUUACGUCGCAAAUCCGAUGGCAAUGCCCCAGAACUGAGACACGCCUUUAAUAUUUGCACACUGAACAGUAAGAAUCUUCCCGAAGAACCAUUGCCGGGAUUUGCAGAUCACAUAUCCACAUUGGCAACAGAAUUCAAGGCAUUGGCCAGAUUCGUAUUGCAAUCGUUGGCAGUGUCUUUAGAAAUUCCACAAACAUUCUUCCUUGAGAAACACUCGCACAUGCUCUCGGGAGAAAAUGACAAUGAAACGAUAUUACGACUCCUCUACUAUCCGCCCAUCAUAGAGGAGGAUGACAAAGAUGAACACAUAAAAGGUCGAUGUAAGUAUACAUAUCAGAAAUGCCUUACCGAGAUGCCAGACUUUAAGCCAGAGGAUGAUCCCCGGGAGAAGAGAAAAGAAAGUCUAGAGAAAGAAGCAGAAAAAAAAGAUGUUCCUGACACGCCCAGCACUAGCAAGGAGUUUCUCAAUGGACAUUUAACCAGAUCUAACGCACACACCGACUAUGGAACCUUCACCCUGCUAGUUCAAGACUCAGAAGGUGGCCUUGAAGUCCAGUUACCUGGCAGUGAAAAGUGGCAGCGUGUGGGUCACUUACCGGGAGCAAUUCUCAUAUUUUGUGGAGAGAUUCUUUCCAUCUGGACACAGGAGCGAUACUCUGCUUUGCAACAUCGAGUUGUGAUACCAGAACAAGAACACCUCAGAAUCAGAGGUCGACAUUCCAUUGCAUUCUUCUGCCAUCCAGAUAAUGUUACAAUGAUAUCACCGAACGAUUUACCACAAAGUGCUGUGGCAGAGAACACUACCACCAAAAAAACCAGAAAGAAAUCCUUCAAAGCUGCCAAAGAAAGGGUUUAUAAUGCCUACCAGAUGAUACAGAAAAGAAUCAAAGACUCAUAUAGCUCCUAAAAUUCAACAUAAUGAGAUACAAAAUCAACAACGGCCUUCAACUUCAAAGACUUUCCGUUUAAGGUUUCAACAGAAAACAACAAAAGCUACUAUUUUCUUAUUGAUUUAAAAAUUGCUAUUUAAUUUCUUUUUUGUUUCCCUUUUAAUUGUAAAAUAUUUAUAUUUUGAAUCAAAUAUACAACUUUAUAGAAAAUAA